UUCACAUACGAGUGCAUGGCUGAUCACCACGGAGCAGAUGCCAUGUCAGGAGUCUCGGGAGAAGGACUCUCAUUACUAUAAGGUUGCUCAUAUGGAUUCCAUUGGCAUGCUCGCUAGGAUCAAUAUUGCUCUGUAGACAGAAAAAGGCUUUUCUUUGAUUUUAAAGAUCGAUCCAUGGUGAGAAAGCAGCUGGAAAUUAGUUUGUUGGUUUCCUUAACAUGCCUCCUGCUAUUUCCAUCCAUAUUUACAGUGCGUGCAAAUGCAACCACACGAACUAGUACUACUACUACUACUCUUCAGACAUCCAAUCAGCAAGUACUGGACUAUAAGAUACAAGACCAACGAGGGGAUCAAGAAGAGGGAGGAGGACACAAGGACCUGGAGGAUGAAGAAGAGGAGAUCAAUCCUUAUGUGUUUGAAUACGAUAGGGAUAUUGUUUCUAGAGUCAAGACUGAACACGGAAGAGUUGAUGUUCUUCAACAAUUCACCAAGAACUCAAAUCUUCUUAGUGCUCUAGCGAAUUACCGUGUUGAAAUUCUUGAAGCUAAUCCUCUAACAUUCAUGACCCCUGCCCACAUAGAUGCUGAUUUUGUUCUCUUCGUUGUUAAGGGACGUGGGGCUAUAACUGUGAUCCACGAGGAGAUAAAGAGAGAGACCUCAAACCUGGAAUGUGGAGAUAUCUUCAGAGUUCAUGCUGAUACUACUUUUUAUAUGGUUAAUCGAGAUGAAUAUGAGAAACUUUAUGUCGCGAAGAUCCUUUUCCCGGUCAAUCUUCCUGGCAACUACGAGGCAUUCUAUGGAGCAGGUGGUGGAGACUCAGAGUCUUUCUUCGAGGCAUUCAGCUGGGAUUUAGUCGAGGCUGCUCUUAAUACUGAGAGAGGAAGGCUGGAGAAAAUCUUCAAACAACAGCAAGCAAAAAUCAUGAAUGCCACCAAGCAACAGAUCGAGGCCUUGAGCUAAGAUGAAGAAGGUGUCCGUGGCAGCAAUGGCGCUUGGCCUUUCCCCUCUAAUGUGUCAGGCAGCCCAUUCAAUCUUUUCAAGAGGGGUGCUAUUAAAGCAACAACUACGCGGAUCUCUAUGAAGCCGAUCCUAGAGAUUUCAAGCCACUUGAGUACCUUAAUCUUAUAGUCUCUUUUGCAAGCAUCACUCAAGGAUCUAUGGCUGGACCCUUCCACUCAAAGGCAGCCAAGAUAUUCAUUGUUGUGGAAGGUGAGGGAUACUUUAAGAUGGCGUGUCCUCACCACUCCAGCUCCUCUGGUUCGAGCAGUCCAACUUACCAAAAUAUAAGCUCGAUCGCACUUGAGGCAUGGAACCAUCUUCAUUGCCCCUGCCAGCUAUUCGGUGGCUAUCGUGGCUUCCAAUAAUAGCACUCUCAAACUUCUAUGCUUUGAGGUUAAUGCACAAGCAAACAUAAGAUACACUCUCGCAGGGAAAGGGAACGUUAUUGAUGCAAUGCACAUAGAAGCGAAAGAGUUGGCCUUUGGUGUAGCAGGAAUGGAAGUGGAACAAAUUUUCAGGAACCAAAUGGACUGCUUCUUCUUUCCUGGGCCAAGCACCCCGGCAACAGAGACAAGGCAGCCGUGCUGAUACAUGAAGGACAUUUGGAAAAUUAAAAGAUGGUGAAAAAGGGAACUUUUGUGGCUGCUUUCUCAUGGCUCCUGGUGCUUGCAUCUCUUACCAUGCGUAAUGCAAAUGCAAUGCCGUUGUUCCUCAGACGUCUGAGAAAAUGCUUUAUCCCCAAGAGGUUGUCAUGUCGCUGCUGCUAUUAUCUUGGGAAGGUACCAUGCAUCCCGUUGCCGUGGAUAUUCUUGCUGGAGUAUUGCAGGGGAGAAUUGCUGCAUUCUGCGCCAGUACUAGACCUGGUUAUGAAGGUUUACCAUUCUACAAAUAAUUUGAGAGGAUUAAAACAUGAACAAGUUCGUAACCUUUCCUAAAUGAGACACAGUUCUAUCAAUUUAUGUACUUUUCUUUUUAUUAAAAAUAACUUCUUUCUAGAAUAUGCAUGUACCUGUGAUGUUUUGAAAUGAAUAGAGAAAGAGUUAAUAGGAAAAGGCAACAAUGUUAUGGAGACGUAGAAAAUAGGUAUAAAUAUAUAAAAAACAGGGUGGAAUCAGAAAAUAAAAUUAAGAAGAGAUAAAAUGUUAGUUGUUUUAUUAUUUAGACUAAAAAUAUAAAUAUUGUUAAGUGAGGGGCUGGAAAAAAAUUUUCUUUACUCUUCGCCCUGAUAAGAAGGAUUGUGGUAAUCAAAUAGAUAACUUGAUAAUUAUAAACAAGAGGAUAGCAAAAAGAAGCGAGAAAUCUGAAUUUUUGAGAGAGAGAGAGAGAGAGAGAGAACCUUAAGAGGAAAAGAAGUAAAAGGAAAAGAGAAAGAAUUAGGGUUCUGAAAAGAAUUAGAAAGAAAUAAACCUCUAGGGUAAAUUUUACACUUUGAUGCUGUAUAAUUGUGGUAUUUAACUUUGAUUUUGAAUUUGUUGAAGAUUAGGGUUUUGAAAAUUAUGUUUUGGAUUUAAUUAAUGAGUUGAUUGAAGUAUUAUGGUUAAAUUGUUAUGGAUAAUAAUUUAAUUGGUUGGUUUUUAGAUGAUUUUGUUAGAAAUAAUAACUUUGAGAGUAAUUGGUUUAAUUGAUGUAUUGGGUGUAAGAAAUAUUUUUUAGAUGAGUGGAUAAUUUUCUAUAUGCUAGAGGAUUAGUAUAAAUACUUGAAUUGUUAAUAUGAAAUUGAUCAUGAUUUUUGGUAAUUAUUAUUUUGUUAUUUAUUCCUUGUUUAUAAUUAAACAUGAUCACAUAUUGAAACUAAAUCUUUGAUAUGAACCAUUAUUUACUUCGAAAUUGAUAGCUUUUCAUUUGAUUGAUAUCAUGAGUUGAAUAUUAUGAUAUGAAUCUAUCUAUGUGAUUAUGAUAUGAAUCUAUGGUAUGCCAAUCAUAAUACUCAUGCUAACAAGGUAGUGUUAGUUUUUGUGCACAUUGUAUUUGAACCCUGGUUGGUUGGGGGAGUCACCAACCUGGAACGACUGAUCAUCACACAGUACGGGACAUCAUGCUCAUUGGAUUUUCAUUUUCUGACAAGCCUUACCUUAUGAUAUUCUUGUUAUGGUCUAUUUAAGCAACUUUCAUGUAAUAACUUAAAGUCAUAUUUUUGUGUGUGUAUUCCUUAUUGUUGUAUUACCUCGUGUACAUAUAGUGAACGCUAUCUACUCACUGAAUUAUUGAACUCACUCUCUUAUUAUUAUUUUUUUAGGCUUAUAGCUUGUUAGCAGGUCGUUUUUAUUGGACCUUCAUAACUUGUUUUUUUUUUUUGUUGUAAUUAGUACUUUUCUA